UGACUGAGCAGCUACACCGUGGCUCCCCAGAUGCCCCGCCAUGCCUUUUCUGGACUGGCUCCUCUACCACUCGGUUGCCAUGUGGCUGCUCCUCCAGAGUUUUGUCCUGAUAGCCUUCUGCUUCCACUCUGCCACCACCUUCCCCAAGGGCUGCUACCCUUCUACCGAGGACGGCUUCAAAACCUUCCGUUGCAGCAAGGCCCAGCUCACCGUUAUCCCGAGGGAUAUACCCAACGACACCAACAAAUUGUACCUGGAUUACAACCAGAUUUCUUUCCUGCCUAACGACGCCUUUCAGAACCUGCCCCUUCUGGUGGAACUCGACUUGUCUCACAACACCAUCAGCCGCGUGGAGGUCGGGGCCUUCCGGGGAUUGUCAGAAAGCCUGCAUGCUCUGGACCUGUCCUCUAACAAGCUGGUGUCUGUCAACAAGGAUGUCUUCAGUGCGCUGAAAGCCAAAGCCAACCUCUCCAGCAACCCUUGGCUUUGCGAUUGCACUCUUCAGCAGCUCAUCGAGAGGGUCGAGCUGGUUGCCGGCACCUCCGAUGGGAUCAUCUGCGAUGCCUCUGCCCGGAAGGAGCACAUCGGCAAGCCCUUUCUGCAACUGGUCGGAGACAUAGACUUUUGCAACAUCUACAAGAAGACCACAGACAUCGCCAUGCUGGUCACCAUGUUCGGCUGGUUCGCCAUGGUGAUCUCGUACUUGAUCUACUACGUCCGGCAGAACCAAGAAGACGCCCGGCGGCACCUAGAAUAUCUCAAGUCCUUGCCCAGCAAGCAGAAGAAGUCGGAGGAGUCGUCUACGAUUAGCACUGUGGUGUGACCAAAAAACGAAACCCUCCCUCUGCCCCGCAUCCUCAAGAAAAUUGUAAGCAGAUAAAAGAGAUUCUACAUCUCCUUCAUGUGGAUCGUGUCCACUAGAUGCUGGAAUGCACAAUGGCUGAAGAGACUGUUACUAAACAAACAAAGAAAACGACUUGGGGAGGCAGGGCCUUGCUUAUACAGAAGCCUCCCUUAGCAUUUCUUUUCGAGCAAUGAGCAACAAAAAUCAUGUCAAGGUUGAAUUACUCGGCACACUUCAAGGCAGGGGUUAGUGCCAGGUUGAAUCAACUACUUCCCAGCCCUGCCGUAGAGACUCCACCAUACACACACUUUGCAA